AUGCGUGACAAUUCGCCAUUGACAGACCGCAAGACGAUGCAUCCCACAUCUUUCCCCUCCUCCCUCCUCUAUAGGUACAACGCAUCGGAGUACUUUGCAGAGGUGGUUGCUCAGUCGCGCGGCUGGUUGUCGGCAGUUCAAGAGUGGGUUAGCGUCUUUCUCACCUGUGUCUUCGCCUUCGUUUCCACUAUCAUCCUAUGGAACUCCCUGGGAGCUGUGGUGUGGUUCUUUGCCCUGCGGUAA